GAUUGGAGAGAAUCUUCGUCCACAAAUUAAACGAAAAUUACGACUAGUGCACAAUCAGAAGACAACACACUAUAGUCUAUAUAUACAAAAGAAAAGAAAUGGCAGUAGCUCUUCUUUUACUCCGCUCCCUCCCCACUACCAUUCUCUCCAUUCCCUGCCUAACCUUCAUCACUCGCUCCAUGGCCAACACCACAGAGCUUAUUAGCCCAUCCAACACCCGUGUGGGCUGGAUCGGAACCGGCGUCAUGGGCCUAUCCAUGUGCUCCCACCUCAUCAAAGCCGGCUACACUCUCACCGUCUUCAACCGCACCCUCUCCAAAGCCCAGCCCCUCCUCGACAUGGGGGCCCACUUAGCCCAAUCCCCUCACCACCUCGCUUCCCAAUCCGACGUCGUCUUCUCAAUCGUCGGCUACCCCUCCGACGUCCGCUCCGUCUUACUCGACCCUACCUCCGGUGCCCUCUCCGGCCUCCGCCACGGUGGCAUACUCGUCGACAUGACCACCUCCGAACCCUCCCUCGCCGCCGAGAUAUCCGCUGCCGCUUCCUCCAAAGACUGCUUCUCCAUCGACGCACCCGUAUCCGGCGGCGAUCUCGGGGCUAAAAACGGAAGGUUGGCGAUAUUCGCCGGAGGGGACGAGUCGGUGGUGAAACGUUUGAGUCCACUUUUUGCCCUCCUUGGUAAAGUUAAUUACAUGGGUGCCACUGGAAAAGGUCAAUUCGCGAAACUAGCGAAUCAGAUAACGAUUGCUUCCACUAUGGUAGGAUUGGUGGAAGGUAUGGUCUAUGCUCACAAGGCUGGUCUUGAUGUGGGUUUGUUUCUUGAAGCGAUAUCGAGUGGUGCGGCUGGGUCAAAGUCUUUGGAUUUGUAUGGGAAUAGGAUUUUGAAGAGGGAUUUUGAGCCUGGGUUUUAUGUAAAUCACUUUGUGAAGGAUUUGGGGAUUUGUUUGAAGGAGUGUCAGAAUAUGGGUCUGGCUUUGCCUGGGUUGGCUUUGGCUCAGCAGCUUUAUCUCUCACUUAAGGCUCAUGGGGAAGGGAAUUUUGGUACACAAGCGCUUAUUUUGGCUCUGGAGCGGCUCAAUAAUGUUUCUCUUCAAUCUACAACGGUUACUUCGUCUUAGAGCGGUAAAUGUAUGUUUGAUUAUUGAUGUUUAUGGGCACUUUGAGUUUGUUAUCGGGUAUAUGCUUCAACAUUUGCUACUAAUGAUUAUAAAGAUUUUACAUUUGCAAUGUAUGGGUGUUUUAAGCCUUGCGUUUGUGUUUGUUUACUAGGGCUAAUGUGUGUGAUAUUUUGAAAGCAAUGUAUAUUUUAGAAAUGAGGAAUUUCGGGCAUUUUGGGGUUGACA